AUGCCGCUUCACCUUCUCGGCAAGAAGAGCUGGAACGUAUACAACACCGCCAGCAUCGACCGCGUCCGCCGCGAUGAAGCAGAAGCGAAAGCCCGCGAAGAGGCCGCCGAGCAGCGCAUGCAAGAGGAAGAUGCCCAGCGUCGAAUGGCACUGCUUCGAGGCGAAGAGGUCCCCGCGCUACCACAAGCAGAAACUCUCGAAGAAAACGAGAGGGAAGGAAAGCGACCAAGAGACGAGACCUACGCCCAACGCGACCGGAAACGCCGCCGUCUACGUGGAGAAGACGACACAGACCGCGACAUCCGCUACGCGAAACUCGAUUCUUCCAAGGACAAGUCUUCGCAGUCUCUGCUGCUCCAUGGCAAAGAAAAGGAUGCCCCGUUGCAAGACCACGCGGGCAACAUCUCCCUCAUCCCAGCUCCAGACGAAUCCUCCAUCCGCACGACGCAAAAGAACGCCGAAGUAGAAGCUGAGAAAGCCAAGCAGAGGAAGAGAGACGAGGAUCGGUAUACCCUCCGUUUCAGCAAUGCAGGUGGUUUCAGCCAGAACAUGCAGCAAAAGCCUUGGUAUACGUCUCCCACAUCCCCUAUUCCCUCAACAACCAACGCUGCCGAAAAGGACGCUUGGGGCAACCAAGACUCUCGUCGCCGAGAACGCGAACGCGCGCGUGUCUCCUCUAACGAUCCUUUCGCCGUAAUGCAGCAGGCUCAAAUGCAGCUGAAGCAGAGCGAACGGGAUAGAGAAGCCUGGGCGAAGAAGCAGAAAUCCGAAAUGGGAGAGCUGAAAAAGCAGGAGCGACACGAUAGAGAGCGAAGACCAAAGAGUUGUGACGAUGACGAUGUUGAUAGUCUGGACGGUUUCUCGCUCGACGCUCCUGCCGAGCGGAAUGGUCACGACAGACGUCGAAAGCAUCGCCACCACCAUCACCAUCACCAUCACCAUCGCCGGCACAAGCACCGCAGUCGCAGUCGAAGUCGAAGUCCCGGUCGCCAUAGAGAUCGGGACAGACAUAGGCAUCGACGACGCGAUGCUGCUUAA